GAUCUGGAAAAUCUUUCAUUUCCUUUCCUCCUCUAAAGCUGAAGUAGAGACGACAAUUUCGAGGAUGAAUUCAGUUACCUUAACCAUCACUGUUCUGUGUCUUAUUAACUUUGUUACAGCCUACGUUUAUAUACAAAGAGUGGAGAAAAUAAAUGGUGGCUGCUACCACCUUGAUUUUGGACAGAUUGAAAAUAAAGGUGUGGUGUAUAACGACGAGAGAUGUGAGAGUCUGAGCUGUAACGCAGACGGAGUGGAAGCUCUUGUACAUGGAGAAGGGUGUGGUUCAAUUGGGUUUGACAAAGAAAACUGCAAGCUAGUGGCCGGAGAAGGACAUUACCCUUCAUGUUGCCCUUCACCGGUAUGCAAGAAGCCAGAUGAAGAAUAAAUGAAGGCAGUGGCGACUUUUGUUUUUAAUUUCUUUUUUACUUUAGAAGUGUAAGAGAAGGCAGAAUUAUUGUCUAUUUUGUUCCCAAAACAGCGAUGAAAUAUUUUUUGAAAUAUUUGACCAAUUAUGAAAAUUUAAAUACAAAUAUAUAAAGAUAAUAAAAAUAAUAAUAUAAAACAAUAAAUAAACGGAAGUGGCAGUUGGAUAUUAUUUUUUUCUUGGUGAUUAUUUAGUCUCCGUUAUGAGUAGCGAAAUCGUUGUCACUGCGAGACUAUCUUUUUCAAAGGGUUAUUAUUAUUAUUGUAACUUGAAUGCAUUCUAGGGACGCCGCAGAGAUCAUGUAAAAAUAAACUUUGUUUUCUGUUUACGUUUUGCCCAAUCUAAAUAUUUUGAACAUUUAUGACAGUAUAAAAACAUUACCUUUCUCAAAUGAUCACAAAUAGGGAACACAAAUCUCUUGUUUAACUCAAGAUACGUGAAACUAAUUAUUUUUGUAAGUUGGUUUUAGAUUAAAGAAAUGUUCGGUUAAAAUCUCAGCGUUUCAACUUGCUUGCUACAAAAUACUAAAUCUCAUUGAAACAGUUCCUUUCUAUUUUGCAUUUCAAUAUUGUAUGUUAACAUUGGUAAGUUUUUUCUUCUUUUCUUGUUAUUAUUUCCUCGUAACAUGAACAAGUCUAGAAUUUUGUAAAGGGAAAAUACAUUUGGAAAUAAAAUUUUAUUUCACGGAUU